GCGGCUCCGGGAGCUCCCGGUAGGGACGGAGCCGCCGCCGGUGCCUCCGGUGCCCCCGCGCUAUGGAGCCUCCGGGCACCGCCGGGGCGCCGAGCUCGGCGGGGCGGCCCUGGGAGGAGGCCAAGGCUUUCUACGACAACCUCGCCCCCAAGAAGAAACCCAAAUCGCCGAAGCCCGAGAACGCCAUCACCAUCGCGGUGUCAUCGCGGGCGCUUUUCCGCAUGGAGGAGGAGCAGAAGAUUUACAACGAGCAAGGGGUGGAGGCCUAUGUGAAGUACCAGCUGGACCAUGAGAACGAGCCCUUCCUCCCCGGGGCUGCCUUCCCCUUUGUCAAGGCACUGGAGGCAGUGAACACGCAGCUGCGGGAGCUCUACCCUGAGAGUGAGGAGCUCUUUGACAUCGUCCUCAUGACCAACAACCAUGCCCAGGUUGGGGUGCGUUUGAUCAACAGCAUCAACCACUAUGGUCUGUUCAUCGAGAGGUUCUGCAUGACUGGAGGGAACAGCCCCAUCUGUUACCUCAAGGCCUAUCACACCAACCUCUACCUCUCCUCUGACGCCGAGAAAGUGAGUGGGGCCAUUGAAGAGGGGAUUGCUGCAGCCACCAUCUUCAGCCCCAGCAAAGACCUGGAGGUGUCAGAGAACCAGUUGCGGGUGGCGUUUGAUGGUGACGCCGUGCUCUUCUCCGAUGAGUCGGAGCAGAUCGUGAAGGCUCAUGGCUUGGACAUGUUCUUUGAGCACGAAAAGGCUCACGAGAACAAGCCUCUGGCACAGGGACCCCUGAAGGGUUUCCUGGAAGCCCUGGGGAAGCUGCAGAAGAAGUUCUAUUCCAAAGGGCUGAGGAUGGAGUGUCCCAUCCGCACCUACCUGGUGACGGCCAGGAGCGCGGCCAGCUCGGGAGCCCGGGCCCUAAAGACUCUGCGCAGCUGGGGCCUGGAGACAGAUGAGGCUUUGUUCCUGGCCGGGGCUCCCAAGGGGCCUCUGCUGAAGAAGAUCCGUCCUCACAUCUUCUUUGACGACCAGAUGUUCCACGUGGAGGGAGCCAAGGAGAUGGGCACCGUGGCUGCCCACGUCCCCUACGGCAUCGCCCAGAAGCCCAGGCGGCCGGCGCAGGAGAAGUCAACCCCCAACAGCAAGUAGAGGAGCUGCCACCUCUGGUAGUGAUGCUGGGAGAGGAACCAAAUCUCUGCUGGUGAAACAGGACAUCGUGGGGCAGCUGCUCCGAAAUGGGUGUGAAAAAUCCCACGGACCUUUCUGCACAAAGCCCAGGCCCAAAGGACAGUCCCUGGAGACAAAUGUAAAGGUUCUUUUGUGUGUGUUUUGGUGGAGUUGGUUUUUUUUUUGUCUGUUUGUUUGCUUGUUUAGGCAGUACCCCCCCCCCCCCCGGGUUGGGCAUGAAGGAUGCCUGGUGUUAUCAAAGAGUUUCCCACAAACAGCAGCUCCGUGGGCUGAAGUCUCCUGAGCUUUGCUGGGAGGUUUCAGCUAAAAGGGUGAAGGUUGGAGCUGGACUUGCUGCACGUUUGGUGAAUAUCUAAACAAGGUAGUGAUGCCUUCAGUGGCUUAGGAGACUCUUUCCUCAUUGCACUAAAUCCUGCUCUAGCAGUGGAAAAGAAAUUUGCACUUUCCCCCCCCCAAGCUGUUUCCCAGGCUGUUGUUUGUUACAUCUGGGUGACGGGCACCUUAGAGGAAGGUCUAAAAUCCAAAGAAAGUCUUUGAAAGAAAUGAGUUAUCUGAGUAAUUAGUCUAUUAAUAUACAGGUUUAUAAAAAGGUCUUGUCUUCUUAAUGUGAAUCCCAGAUAUUGGGACCUGAACUGUAUCUCAGAGACCUUUUUAGCAGCUGGGAAGGGGAGAACAGCCUGGCCUCCCAGUAAACAUUCCCAAGGUGUUUCCUGAAGAUCGCAUGGUGGAAGCCCAGCCAAGCCCAGCUCACAAACGGGCUGCACUGGGGCCUCCUGCCAGCCCCAGUGUCCCCCAGGGACAUUGCUAGAGGGGCAGGGUUGUCAGGCAGCCCUUAGGGACCCCCAGCCAGGGCAGGGUGCUGGUGGGAUGGAUGGGACACAGGGUGCAAGCACAGGCACUGCUGGCACCGGGUGCCAUGGGGGAUGCACUCUUUGGAUGAGGGAUGUUGGCAGGGCUGGGCUGAGUGGAGGAGAAGCUCUGUUUGAAGGUGCUGUUGGCUCUGGGAAGUGAUAUGAUGUGGUUUUGGGACAGGACCCUGGAUCUCAGCAGCUUUCACUGCUGCCUUUCCAGACCCUGAGCUGUGCAGGGAGCUGUGGGGGCAGGAGCACAGCACAGGCAGGAGGUUUAGUGGUUCUGCUUUGGGUCCUGCUGCUGCCAGCGCAGCUGAGAGGCUUGGUGAGAAGACGUGGGGCUUGGGAAACAGGUCCCAGAUGAGUUUCCCCUCCUGAGCCUUUCCUGUUUGGGGAGGAUUUUCCAUUCCUGCACUAACUGC